AUUUCUUGUAUUCAGCAAAAAAAAAAAAGUAAAAAGGAUUAAGAAAUUCGGUGCAUUUGAAAUUGCAUGUCCACUAAUUUGUCUCCACGCAGCAUCCAUUUCCAUCCAUAGCAUAAGAAAAACAAUUACAAAAGUAAUAGACAUGAUCUAUAUUAACAUGUUUAAUUACUAGCUAUGAACAGGACAAAACUUGGAUGGGAAAAAAAAUGAUCAGUAAUAAGGAAUCGAACAAUUCAAAUUGAUUAAGAAGAGAAAGUCUCCCUCUUUGCCUAAAGUCUUCAACUCCUUUAAAACCCCCAUCUUCUUGAACCUCCCCCUCCUUCCUUUCUCAUGAUUUAUAGCCCCCAAAACCCUUCAAGGCUGAAACCUCAUAACCAUUCUCAAACCCAACAAAUAAUGUCCCUCCAACGCCACCAUCACUCUUCCUCCUUCCCUUCUUGCUUCCGCCCCUCCGGUACCAGUGAAAACAACCAUGUACCGCCGCCGCAAACCUCAGGUAAAACCAACCUUGCUACAAGUCUCUACCACACAAAUCUAGGCCUUUUCUCACUCACCUGGUCCCAUAGCUUCCUUGGUCACUCUCUCCACCUCCACCUCCACCCUUCCUCUGAUUGCUCUCCCUCUUCUCCUCUAUCUCUCUCUUCCUCCCUUUCCUUCUCCACCCUCAAUUUUCAUCUCCGUAUCAAACCUUUUAUUUUUUGGAAGAAACGUGGAUAUAAAAAGCUCAGCAGCGCCAAGGUCCCUACUGUCCAAGUCUUCUGGGACCUUUCCAGCGCCAAGUUUGGAUCUGGGCCUGAACCCGACUCCGGAUUCUAUAUUGCUGUUGUGGUUGAUGGUGAAAUGACGCUUCUUGUUGGUGAUUCUACCAAAGAAGCUUAUGUCAGAACUAGAGCUAAAAAGCCUGAGAGAAGUCAAGCUCUUGUUUUGAGAAGAGAAAACGUAUUUGGGAACAGAGUUUACAACACAAAAGCCAGAUUUGGAGGCAAAAGCAGGGAAAUUUCCAUUGAUUGUAGGGUAAACGAGGACGCAAAGCUGUGUUUUAGCGUUGAUAACGAAAAGGUAUUGCAAAUAAAGCGACUUAAAUGGAAAUUUAGAGGCAAUGAGAGGAUUGAAGUAGAUGGGGUCUCAAUACAAGUCUCAUGGGACGUGUAUAACUGGUUGUUUGAUCAGGAUUUGAACAAUGGACAUGCAGUUUUCAUGUUCAAGUUUGAGAAUGAAGGCUCUGAAAUUCUUGAAGAAGAUCACCAGCAGGACGGGGCUGAAGAAGUAGUGGAUCCUUUCAACGAGAAGAACGGGAUCGUCUUGUGGCAGCAACCUUUAUUUAGUUUCGGCAUGAAUGGAAUAGAGUGGAAAAAGAUGAGGAAAAGGUUGCUGAGGACCGCUAGAAGCUCAUCCUCUUCUUCAAUUUCGAUGUCUUCAGCUUCCUCAGGAGGCAGCUCUUCCGUAACGGAGUGGGCAAGCGUGGAAGAGAGUGAGUUAAGUGCUCGCUCUGGCUUCUUUUUGCUUGUCCAUGCCUGGAAAAAGUGAAGAUUUUUCCUUGUCAUGGUGCUCUCCUACAAUCCUCUAAUCAUUUCUGUAUCUGUAAUGGGAAAUUUACAAGUUUCCAACAUAGGACAAGAUGCAUGUGCGGGUGGGUCUCGUUUGUUUGUGGUGAGCUUUGGAUCCUAUCACCAGCCAAGCAACCGUCAACAGGGUUGACCCUGUCCUGGAUCUCCGAAACAGAAAGUUACUUCGUCGGUCGGUUACCUUAUAUUUUAAGAUUAUUCAGGAACAUAGCAAUGUCGUACUUGAUCAAGAUACGGCACCGAAGGUGGUGAGGACUGGCUAAACUGUGUCAGGGUUGACUGUAUGCCACAUGACUGUUCUGCCUUUGUUUGUGGAAACCCAAUCAAUCUCGUGGAUUUCUACCCACAGAGUUCUCACCUUAGAAAAAGGAUUCUUUUUCUUUUGAUUGAAGUAUAAAUUACUCUGGUCUUUGUUAAAGGAGAUGACACUGUACAAAUUUCUUGGUCGGGACUCGGAAUUAGGCAUAAGUUCAUCUCCAAAUUUUUGGUUUGAAGGAAAAGCCUAUCUUGACUUUGGUUGGAUAGUAGCACAUAUGCAAAUAUAAUAU